GCCUAGCGCGCGCACACACACACACACACACACACACACACACCGCAGCCGCAUCCCCCGCCCGCCCCCUCCCGGCUCUGCGCCUCGUGCCCGGGCAGACGGCUCCACACCGCCGCAACCCGCCCGCGGGAAGGCACAUACACGCGCGCGCGCCUACAAACUCCCGCUCGGCUUGGGCCGCCAUACCCCGCGCAGCAUGUCGGCGCUCGAGUGGUACGCCCACAAGUCCCUGGGCGACGGCAUCUUCUGGAUUCAGGAACGCUUCUACGAGUCUGGCAACCGCGCCAACAUCUGGCUGGUGCGGGGCUCCGAGCAGGACGUGGUGAUAGACACCGGCCUGGGGCUGCGCAGCCUCCCCGAGUACCUGUACUCCUCCGGCCUCCUGCGGGACCGCGCGGCCAGAGACGACGCGGCUUGCCGGCCGCUGCUAGCCGUGGCUACCCACGUGCAUUUCGACCACUCGGGCGGCCUCUACCAGUUCGACCGGGUGGCGGUGCACCACGCCGAGGCCGAGGCGCUGGCCCGCGGGGACAACUUCGAGACCGUGACCUGGCUGUCCGACAGCGAGGUGGUGCGGGCGCCGAGCCCCGGCUGGAGGGCCAGGCAGUUCCGAGUGCAGGCGGUGCAGCCCACCCUCGUCCUGCAGGACGGGGAUGUGAUCAACCUUGGUGACAGACAGCUCACUGUUAUGCACAUGCCUGGUCAUUCUAGGGGCAGUAUUUGCUUGCAUGACAAAGACCGAAAGAUUCUCUUCAGUGGAGACGUCGUGUAUGAUGGAUCACUGAUUGAUUGGCUCCCAUACAGCAGGAUAAGUGACUAUGUUGGAACCUGUGAACGUCUGAUAGAAUUAGUGGACAGAGGUCUGGUAGAGAAAGUACUUCCUGGGCACUUCAAUACCUUUGGUGCUGAAAGGCUUUUUCGAUUGGCUUCUAACUAUAUUUCAAAAGCUGGGAUAUGCCAUAAAGUCUCUACUUUUGCCAUGCGAUCUCUUGCAAGUUUAGCCCUACGUGUGACAAAUUCUAGGACCUCACCCUAGUAUCUACUUUGAUUAAUUCUAUAAAUUAUUCCAGUUCAUUUUGUGUUGUUUAAACAGUGAGCAUUUUAAGAAGUGCUUUUAUAGUACUGUUAUAUAUUAGAGAAAAAAAAGAUUGAGAAUGAAUAAGCCAAAAAAGGAACUUCUUAGUUUUUUUUUUCUUUUUUCCAAAUAAGAAACCACUUAAAUGAGCUUAUAAUUUGCCAAAGUUGUAAUUUGCCAUUGUCCUGUAUCAUUUGCCCUAGAAAUGAUAUAGAGGUAUAUGGGGAAGCAAGGAGGCAUUUUGCAGUAAUAGAAUUAUCUCUGUGUCUCAUUUCUUUUAUUUCCUAGAUGAUCUAGGAAAAAAGAGCAUAAGAGAAUUUUACAUUUAAACUCCAGACUUGAUAUUUUUAGUAUAUUAUUUCAAAAUAAAGGUUAUUGGGUUUAAGAUAAAAACUCAAAACCUAACAAAUAAGCUAACAUUUAGAAUGACAGCUAAAACAAUCCAUUGUUAUGGUACAGAAUUUUUAUGCUUCCUUUUAUUUGUUCUUAAUGUAAUUAUAGUGUACAUUAUGUGUUGUGUGAUUUUACUUACAAAAAGUACAAUGAAUUUUACUUCAUUGAAAAGCUUUAAAUAUUAAUUGCAGAGUGCUUCAGUAAAAAAGCUACAAUAUAUUGUUGUUUGUUAUUAUGUAAGUGUAAUAUUUUCAAUUGUAGAAACGAAAUUCAAAUGUUUGUAAUCUAACUACAAAUUGUCAGAUUUUUCAAAAGGACACUGUCAGGCAAAUUUGAAAAUAUACACAUUAAGAAUAACUUUUAAAUUAUAUCCUAUUUUAAUAGUAACAGCUAUUAUAAACAAAAUUUUCCUUGUUAAAUAGCAGCUUCAGUAUAUGUAUCUUAUUUUAUAGUACCAGACAACAUCCUAAAAUAAACCAUUCUUUUUCUUAACAAAGCAUACAUAUGUACCACAGAAGGCUUUUCAGAUUAAUUGCAAAAUGUGUGUAAGAUACUGACUUAGAAUGAAUUGCCUUUUUUAUCCUGAUUCACAACACCUAUUCCUGUUCAGUAUUCUUUGUCUUGAAUGAAAAGAAAUUUCCAUUUAUAAAAUUAUAGGAAAGAUUAUCCCACUAUUUAGUAAGAUGUUUUGGUUUGGUGCUUUUAGUAAUUUAUUAAAAAGCCUUUUGGAAUAUUUCAUAAAGGUUUUUUUAAACAUUUUUUUCACUGCCUUUUUAUUAUUGACAUAUCUAAAACCAAACUCGGAUAGCUUUGGAAAUCAGAAAUUUUAGUAUUAGGAAGGUCCAGCAAUUUUGAUUUCUGAAAAAUUAUGAAACUUUUCCUACCCUACACCCCACUCAGGUUCUUAGUCUUUUAGUCAUUCAACACACAUGCACAUACACACCCCACAUACAUACACACCCCACAUACAUACACACAGUCACAUACAUACAUGCAUUCAUUGUGCUAAACACUGUGGAAGCUUACAAAGUCAGAGACUGUAUCCUAGCUGGAAGUAGAAGACAAAACAUGAGUAGAAGUAUAUGCAGUUGAAGUUUAUACAAAUUACACAUGAGUGUCAGGGACAUAAAUGGAGGAGUGUGAAGUUUGGUUAGGGAAAGUUUCCUGGAGGAGAAGUUUUUGAGUCAGGUUUGGAAAGAUGAUUUAUUAGCUGGUGAGGAUAGAAAAUAAGAAUAGGGUUGUUCCUGCAUCUUUUGGAGCUAAGAAUAGGGAUGGAAGUGUUGCUGUCCAGAGUAGGCUAUUCCCUUGUGACGAUUUAGUUUUCAGGAGCCUUAGAUCUUCUAAGCACCAAGCAUUUAGCAUGAAAAAGUGAUUAUGUAUGUAAGAAUCAUCCGUAAGACAGACAAGCUUAUGGCCUAUAUGGCCACAUACCACCAAAUGAUCCCUUACUUAAAAUCAGUAGGGAGGCCAUGGUUGUUGAAAUGAAGAAUAUCAUGGGAAUUUCUCUGUGAUAGUCAUUCAAGGCAGUAGGUCUGUUUUAAUAGUGCAACAUCAAGACUACAGAUUUGGUUCAGGGCAACUACAAACUAUCACUUAAUGAGCCUUAAAUAUAGCCAUUAUUUUUAUAUCAAAGCACAAAAGAAAACCAAAAGUCCUUAAUCAUUGAUCAUUUUAUCAUAUUUUAGGACUUUUUUUUUUUAAAUCAGGGUAUAGUAGGCACUAAGUUUUAUGGGAAAUAUUUAAACCUGAUGAAGGCUUUCCUUAUUUCUUGAAAGUGCAAUUUUUCAAAGUACACUGAUUUUAUUUUUAAAUUUCCCAUUUUUUUUUUCUAGAUUUUUCAAAUUGUACCAGAACAUAAGACUGUGAUAUUUUGCUUUUGCUUCAAUGUGAGUAAAUUAGGGAAAGGAGGUAUCAUUCAUUUAGUGUCCGUGCUAUGCAUUUUAAAAUAGGCAUUAUUUAAUUUAAUCCUGGCCCCAGUGCCAAGAAGUAAUUGACCAGCCUAACAACACAACUUGGAAACAAAGCUGGUAACUGAACACAGGUCUCUCUGCCUCCCAGACUGUGCUCUUUCUCUUACACCUGCACAAUAACAUAAAAUUGGCAAAGUGUAUUUUUACUUUUCAAAAUGCCACAUGUGCCAAGAAUAAAUCAAGUGAUGUUAAAGCUUAAUAGCGUAUUUUAAAAAAGCUUUAAAAAUAUGUAUUUUCACCCUGACAGUGACCCUUGUUGUAAUUUAUGGUUUGGAGAAAUAAUAGUAUGUAAGUAUAAUUCAAAGUUGUCAAAAUAUAAGACAUUUAGAAAUAAUUUUUAUUAUUUAUUUUGUUAAUAACUUAAUUUUUGGAAAUUCAGUUUCCUUAUUUGGUGUUUCCUUUUAACUGAGAAGUCUAGAGCAAACAAAACCUUGUGUGUUAUCCUGAUGUAGUUGAAUAAAUGAUUGUGUGUAGUUGUUCUUAUAUGGAUAGUAACAUGAAUGUGACAUGCACAAAUUGUUCUCAUAAUUUUCAGAUAACUGUAACUAAACAUUUGUGUGAUAACUAUUAAAGUGAACAUUUUAUUUCAA